AACAAAAUGAGAAUAGAAAAGUGCAGUUUUUGCUCGUCAUCCAUUUAUCCUGGCCAUGGUGUAACAUUUGUGCGCAACGAUUCCAUGUUGUUCAGAUUCUGUCGCUCAAAGUGCAACAAGGCGUUCAAGAGGAAAUGGAAUCCUCGCAAAACGAGAUGGACGAAAUCAUACAGGCUGUACACUGGAAAGGAGGUGCACGGUGUGGGUGGAAUGGAGAAAAAGAGAGAGGAGAUCGGGAGAUACAGACGAGAUAUUGUCAGUAACACGGUUAGUGCCAUUCCUGUUAUCGGCGAGAUCGAGAGCGAGAGGCGUAAGCAUUACAUUUACGACAGGAUCAUGAGCAUGAGAGAGAAAAACAAGGAUAUCGAUAUGAAGAUCCUCAAGAAACAUGGUCAUUUGUUAGACGAGGCGAAGGAAAAUAAAGAAAAGAAGAAUGUGGAAGAGGGCGAAAACGUUCUAAACAUGCAGCAAUAGCUUCCCAUAUUAGAAAACUGAGUAAAGCAUCUGAUUAUACAAGUUAGUCCGUUUAUCAAGUCUUUGUCAGGUGGUGCCAUUUAUUCCGUAUUUCAUUAUUUGGUGCUUGCUGAGCUCUCGCAUGCCGGCCGGAAAAUGGCCAGUAAGUAUCAGGAAAAUGUUUGUGAGUGAAAAGAAUCAAUCCGUGGUAUUAUUCAAUUGUCUUAUUGUCUUUCUCAUGAAAGAUUCUUUUUCUCACCAUUGUGAUAAAUCUCUCCUUGUACGCCUUCGGAUUUACGCUAGAGAACUCUUUUUUACAGAAUAAACGGUUAAAAUGAUACUCC